UUAGUAUUAAAAGUAGCAAAAUCACUCAACGUUUGAUAGGACCGUAUACUUUUGUUGUUGUAAAUAUGACGAUAUUAGCACUUAUGACAGUUAUUAGUGGGUAAAAAGGGAAUUCAUGCGUCAAUCAGUAGGUACUUGUCAUAAUAAACGGAUGGAUCAUAUUAUUACAACUACAACGUCAUUGGAAUACGUCACCGUAAUAGCGUCACGGUAAAACCGAAGUAACUAAGUGAAAAGUUAAUGUUUUGUUGAUGUAGUAAUUUUCAAUUAAGUACAAAUUAGAUUUUGAUGUUCACAUAAUUUACCGUACGUAAAUGCACCAAAUUAUACUUCGUCUAUGUUCACAGGGGAUCGCUAACUGCAGUAACAAUAUUAAUUUCACAUAGUUUAUUGUUUCGAUAUUCAGUGUUUUGUGUUUGCCAUUUUGUGAAUAACUUCAUUAGGGAUUCACAAGAUAUAUAUUACUUCAAUUUUUACUUUAAUUUUUACUAACAAAUAACAACAAAAUUGUUUUGUGGGCUAGUUUUUCAGUGAACUGUUAUUUUCUGACCCUAUCGAUCUUUUAGUGCUUUAUAGAUAGUUAUUUAUUAGUUAUCGUAAACGCAAAUGGGAUAACCGAAUGUACAUUUACGGUUACUUACAUACAUGGUUCCUUUUUAAAAGCAUCUCCAAAAACUUAAAAGAGAUGAUCACAUCACAUUGCAUCUUGCGUUAUUACAGUGGUUGCGUUGUCUCCUAUCAUAUUUCUUUUUUAAAGUGACUAGAGAUGCAAGUCGUGCGUGAAAGUCACGUCAUUUGCAUUACGUAUUGUUUAAAUUGCAUGUAAAGCUACCGCAUAAUAUGUCAUAUAUAGAAGAGAGACAUUUUUUUAAAUAUUAGCUUUUAAAUGUAUAAUAUCGAUUGAUAAUAAUUUAUAGUUCUUAUUUUGUGUAUGGGUGACUUAGAUAGUUACAAUCUUCAAGCGUAAUAUCGCUUAUUUCACUUGAAUAAAUAAUGAAAAAGAAAAAAUGGCGCAUUGAUUAACUCCUGUACGGUUUGAAUUAAACUAAAAAUAGCCGUAGGAUUUAGUGGUUGUAGUAAAACACUAGGACGCGCAGGUAAUGUUAGUUUUGUUCGACGUUUUAAAUGAAAGCUGGAGGACGUAGGGGUGAAUGUGUGGUGUGGGAGCGCAUGCGCGAGCUGGGUGUGUCUGUCGUCCGGCGCGACGCCGGGCGGCGGCAGCGGCAGUUCCGCAACACCAUCCGUCGCCGGCCCGCACCGCACCCGAACCACCGCUGAGACGGAAGGAGCGUGGGCGCAUCGACACGGGUGCAAUCCAUACAGUGGAGCAAGCGCAGUUGGGGGAGCUAAGCAAACACAUACCGGAGGGUGACGGUGAGAAGAGCCCCGUUUAUAGAUAUCCCUUUCAGGUGGGGUACUCGGAACAAAACACUGACUACACACUAUACCUAGUCGCCGGUGAUCAUACGGAACGACUGCAGUGGAUCCACACAAUCAGAUCGGUCUGCGCAGUGAGUGGACGCCGAAGUCGAUACCACCCCGGCGCGUGGUCGGCGCGGCGCUGGAGCUGCUGUGACGCGGAGCGACGCUCCGCCCCCGGCUGCGCAGUCGCAGACCUCUGGACGCUCAUAGAGUCUGACCUUGACUUGCUCACACCACCGCAAGACAACCGAUUGUCGAACGACGUAACACCGGUCACGGCGGCAGUCACGAUGCCCGGGGGAGGCGGCGCUCCUCCAGGCACUCCCUCUGCCAAGCCAAAGGAGAAGCAGAGAACCAAAGUCGUGGUAGCUCUGUAUCCCUUCAGAGCUAUUGAAAGUGGAGAUCUCUCAUUAGAAAAGGGCGCCGAAUAUGAAGUCAUAGAUGACUCCCAAGAUCAUUGGUGGAAAGUUAAAGAUGAGAAUGGGUCGGUGGGCUACAUACCGAGUAAUUAUGUUAAGGAAAAAGAAACAAUAGGAUUGCAGAAAUAUGAGUGGUACGUUGGCGAGAUGUCGCGACAACGUGCAGAGUCCCUCCUCAAACAGGAGGACAAAGAGGGCUGCUUCGUAGUACGCAAUUCCUCCACCAAGGGCAUGUACACUCUCUCCUUAUAUACCAAAGUCUAUCACCCUCAAACGAAGCACUACCAUAUAAAGCAGAACAGUCGCGGUGAGUUCUAUCUAUCGGACAAGCACUGCUGCGCCAGUAUUCCGGAUCUUAUAAACUACCACAAGCACAAUAGCGGGGGCCUGUGUUCCCGGCUGAAGACCACGCCCUGCGACCGGCCUGCGCCGCCCACCGCCGGUCUCUCGCACGGUCAGUACGAUAAAUGGGAGAUUGAUCCAUCGGAAUUAGUGUUACUAGAAGAGUUGGGGGCCGGUCAGUUCGGCGUGGUGAGGCGAGGCAAGUGGCGCGGUCGUAUCGACACCGCCGUUAAAAUGAUGAAGGAGGGCACCAUGUCUGAAGACGACUUCAUCGACGAGGCAAAAGUCAUGACGAAACUCCAACAUCAAAACUUAGUGCAGCUGUACGGGGUGUGUUCGAAACAUCGCCCUAUAUACAUAGUGACGGAGUACAUGCGACACGGCUCUCUCUUCAACUACCUGCGACGAACUUCUCCCGACCAACUCGGACCGGCUGUACUGCUUGAUAUGUGCAUACAAGUUUGCAAAGGAAUGGCGUAUUUAGAAAGGCACAAUUAUAUUCAUCGAGAUUUAGCUGCAAGAAAUUGUUUGGUUGGCGACGAGAAUGUUGUAAAGGUGGCCGAUUUCGGUUUGGCACGAUAUGUAUUAGACGACCAGUACACCAGUUCUGGCGGCACAAAGUUCCCCAUCAAAUGGGCACCCCCUGAAGUGCUCAACUACACUCGCUUUUCAUCAAAAUCAGAUGUUUGGGCUUUCGGUGUACUAAUGUGGGAAGUAUUUACUUGUGGCAAAGUACCAUAUGGACGCGUGAAGAACUCCGAGGUAGCAGAUAUGGUUCAACGUGGUAUGCUCCUAGAGAAACCGAAGGGUUGUCUCAACGAAAUAUACAAUGUGAUGCGGCUGUGCUGGCGACGGUUGCCGGAGGAGCGUCCGUCGUUCCGCGCGCUGAAGGAGGAGCUGGCCGUCAUCGCCAACAGCGUGCUGGCCGACUGACUGCGCCUACUGCUGCACCUGCUGCGGCCCGCGCCCCCCGCGCCCGCGCCCGCGCCCCCUGCGCCCGCGCCGCACCAGCCGCUCGCUUUCGUCUCCCCGUGAGGCGCCGCUCCGUGCCCGGAUCUUCGAGUAGCUUUCGCCGCGUUUGAAAUGCGCGGGGCGCUGCGGAGCCUGGCCUCGUAGCCGCGGACGAUAGCUGUCAUGUAUACGUUUGUACCAGACUGAAUGUAACCGAGCUUGGAUCGUGGCUAGGUUACCGCGAGCGCCCCGAAUUUGAACUAUACAAAUUUUGAUGAUAUAGAUUUGAAAAUCUGAUUCAAAGUUAAUUUGUGAUUUAGGCUGCAUUACUCGCGUAUUUGGAAGUUUCCGUUCGAAAACUGCAGCAGAUACGUAUCGUAUAUCAACUAAAGCAAUAUGACAAAAUUACACUAUUAUUUCUAGAAAGUGACGUCAACAUUCCAACUUCACAGUUAGCACUCAUAGUAGCACAUCGAUUUCCGACAAUAAUACAACUCUAUUUCACGGAAUUGAUCUCACAAAUGGAAUUGACAUACACAAUUACUAUUAUACCCUUAUACUAUAAUACCCUAUCCACGCGAGUAAUCGUAGGAGCCGUCCACUGCCACUUUUCAAUAAUAUGCAUAUUUAAGUAGCUUCGCGUUAUCUCUCUAAGGAAAUAUACAGGUAGCACAAUUGACCUUAUGCGUAUCACCCGAGUAAAAUUAUAAACGUUUCUUUGAUACGUACAUUUAAUACCACAAUGUAAACAAGCAGAACACACGAAGGUUUAUCAUAAUUACUCAGCUUUUAUUUCUGUAUCUUUAGCCGUUUAGCUAUGAUUUCGGCUAAAAUUAGAUAAACAUCAUUUUACAUCCUCAUAUCAUUAUCCAUGGUAGUUAUAAUGUAAAUAUAAUACUGUAGCUAUUUAAUAUACUAGUCGGUACGUACACAGCGACAUUGUAACUUCGCACAUGCCGUCGAUGAUUAGUUGACACAUAUUAACCUGGAUUUCCUCGUAUGUUCCUACUACACACACGGCGCGUUUUCAACACGAUGUGUAACCUUAUUUCUCAAUAACACACUGUUUUUUUACACUUUAAUCGUCACAAAAUAAUUCCAAUUUAUCAAUUGAUUAUACUUUUUGUACAUUCCUUUUUAAAGUACUAGUCAUUAAGAGAAUUAAUAAGACCGUCUAAACAUUUUGUGAAAAAUAAAAACAAAAAAUUUCAGAGGAGAUAUAAAUAAUUGAGUAAAUGUAAACACAGCAUAGCAAUGAACAGUUACAUAGGAAUAUGUAGAUCUCUGCAGUGGUGGUCAACUAGAAAACAUACAUUUUAAAAAUAUGUAUGCGUGAUUGGUUAGAAGUAUUGAAUUGAAUGUGUAUUGAGAGUUUUGGCUGUGUUUUGUAAAUUAAAAUACAUUAACAUGGAAGAGUGUUUACAGAAUACGUGUAGGUACUUUACUUUUAGGAACAAUUGAAUCAUCUAUUUUUCAAACCUAUGUAAGGUGAAGGUUGUAAUGAAGUUAUGAAAAAUAUCUUCGAGAGGAACGCAGAAAGUAGGUUUACGGUAGUCGUGAGUCUAUUAGGUUUGUUUUAUUAUCUUGCUAAAGCAUAAUAUACGAUGCCACAAGAAACGCUGGCAAAAUAAUUUUUGAUGUUCCUAGUUAGUUGAUCACUGCUGUAAUUGCGACAUGUUGUGUUACAAUUCAUUGUUUAUUGAAUAUGGGGUAUACUGAAAUGGUGGUGACACUAAGAAAAUGUGCCAAUUAUGUAUAGACCCUUAUUAAUUUUAGGCAUUUAUGACUGAAUAAAAAUUCUCAAUAAAUAAUAAUUUUAGGACCUUUUUCCGGUUUAUAAUGCAAAUAAAAUGGGCGUGAAAUUCGAGUACCAGUAUUUAUAAAACAUUUUUACAAAAUGGUAUUUUAAUUUCACUAAGUUAUAAUAAGUAAAUGUAUUUUUUGUGAUAAAUCUUAUUUUUUUUAGUACGUAGGUAUUCUAUAAUAGGAAUUACGAAUGAAGAAAUGAAGACUACCUGUAGUUUUAAAUUUUACAAAAACUGUACUAAUGUAACAUUCCAGAAUUAGGUAACAGUACAUUAACGGAUUUAUAGAUAUCUUAGCUGGCAGAACGUGUUAGGUGCGUUGUUCUAAAAAAAACGAAUUUAUCGUUAAAUAGGAUUUGUAAUUCUCCAUAAGGUUUUUAAAACGCACUUUAGCACGCCCUAUUGGCUAAGAUUACUGCCUGUAGAGAUACAUGUCGCUCGAUACAUAGGAAUACUGCAUUCAAAUAAAAUUCGCUACACAUUUGUAUGGCGAGUGUUUGUAUAACUGUUUUGUAAAAUUAUUAAGUCAAGUAAAAUAAUUAUAAAAAAA